CUACUUCUCAGGGGAAGUAUUAGGAGGACGGUUCGACCCGCGCGGCGGGCCAAAAUGAACGUAACAGUAAUACUUUUCUCUCAAGUUUCUGUGUCAUUCUUCUAUUGAAAAUAAAAUUCGCAAUGAAGUUCCGAGCAAAGAUUAUUGAUGUUGGUUGCCUUAAUCAUUUCACGCCUUGGUGUUUGUGUUACGGGUGCUGCCAGUGGUCUUGAGGAACCAUAGACGUUGCCUGUUUACAAUCCAACGAAGAAAUAACCGGCUGAAAUAACCGACUGGUCAUCGACUUAGGCUCAAAAAGACCAGACAUGGAUGGUGAAUACAGGUCAUUUGAACCCUGGACCAACCAAAAGGUGUGGUGAAUACCAUCUCUAAACUAACGAAGACAUGUAUCCUGCGUUUAACCCCAGGCAACCUAUAUUUUGUACUAUCAGGUAAAAUAGCCAGCGGUGGAGUCAGCAUGUGGUGUGAAUUAUCUCAGGCCAACUUCUUUGACGAGUAUCAGCUAGAAGGUGUGGCCCCUGAAGCUAAUGAGAUUUGCCUAGAGGUGACCCCUGAAAACUUGUCCAGGGCUUUGAGAACUGCUCAGAAUGCCAAGUGUGUGAAGAUCAAGCUGACCAAGAAGCACUGUCCUUGUCUGACCUUUGCUGCAGAACUGCCAACACUUUCCAGCGUCAGUCGAGUUGUCACCCAUGACAUCCCAGUGGACGUAAUACCCAGAAGGCUUUGGCAUGACUUCAAAGAGCCCAGCGUGCCAGACUUUGAUGUGAGCAUAUAUUUGCCCCCCCUGAAGACAAUGAAAAAUGUUGUGGAUCGAAUGAAGAACCUCUCUAACUUUUUGGUGAUCGAGGCCAACCUGAACGGAGAGAUGAACUUGAAGAUUGAAACCGAUUUAGUGUCUGUAACCACCCACUUCAAGGACCUUGGAAACCCUCCCUGGGGUGAUGAUGGUUCCCAGGGCCGUAGUCACAGCAGAGACCCCGAACUCAUGGCUCAAACCCGGGUAGAUAUCCGUAAGCUGCAGCAGUUCCUCAUGGGCCAGCAGGUCAACCCCAGCAAGGCCAUGUGCAAUAUUGUUCACAAAAGGAUCAUUCAUUUGAUUCUGCUUCAUGAAGAUGUGUCCCUGCAGUACUUCAUCCCAGCGGUGGCGUAACAGGAAAAUAUUGUCAAUCACAGAUAUCGGCCAAGAUGGUGGAGCUUGUUUUCUUCAGGAUCAAAUGAUGGCCAUUGUGUUGGCCGGUCUUAACUUCACACUCAAACUCACAUUUUACUGUAACACGUCAUUCAGCUAAUCAAGGUUCUUAUGAGCAGUAUAAUUUGUCUGCUAGUUGGAAUUUAUUUCUUACUUGCAAUCUGCCUUGAUAUUUUGUUCUUUAGUACACAGAUGCUACAAUCUUCAAAAAGUGCAGACGUGAAGUUUUGAAGAUGGAGAACUUUCAGUACAGUGGAAAAAAAAUGCAGAAUGCUUUUCAGGAAUGUUGAAUUCAGACUUUGGGGAUUGUAUAAUCAGACCAAUGAACAAAAUACUAAAAUGUUUUUGUGUAAGCUGCCUUUAUGGGUUGGAAAGUAAUCUUGCUCCCAAGGAUGGGGGAUGGGAUGUUUGGUGGAGAAAUAGAUUAAAAGGUUUUGAAGAACUCAAAAAUCAUCACUGCACUUGCUAAAUAAUCACUUAGUUUUUUAUUUUCUCAGUGGAAGCCCAUUGCUUUCACCCUCAAAGGUUUAAUAGUUUUGCUCUCAGACCCGGAACAACUUCUAUUGUAUAUUGUAGCUUAGUCAGACACGCAAAACAAGGUCUUAAAUUAUUUGUCUGUGUAUGUUGUUACUGUUUUGCCAUUUAUUUUGUCCAAAUAAAUAUUAAUGUUGAUUAAUA